GUUGCCAGAGGCUGCCGGGCGAGGGGCCGCGGACUCCGCUUCCCGGCGCGCCGCGCGAGGCGCCGGGGCCGCCGGCCGAGGGCGGGCCGACGCGGGCAGCCCGGACGUGAGGCAUGAGCGGCGCCCUCCGCCGGCCCGCUCGCGUCCUGCCGCCUCCCCGAGCGAGGGUCGCGCGGCGCGGGGCCUAGCGCGGCGGCCGCCAUGGAGGUGAGCGGGCCCGAGGACGACCCGUUCCUGGCGCAGCUGCACCGGGUGCAGUGCCCCGUGUGCCAGCAGACCAUGCCCGCCGCGCACAUCAACUCGCACCUGGACCGCUGUCUGCUGCUGCACCCGGCGGGCCACGCGGAGCCCGCGCCGCCCCGCGCCAAGCGGCGCCGGCCGUCCGAGAGCUCGGCGCUCAAGCAGCCGGCCACGCCGACGGCGGCCGAGAGCAGCGAGGGCGAGGCCGAGGAGCCGGACGACGGCGGCGAGACCGAGAGCCGAGAGAGCUACGACGCGCCGCCCACGCCCAGCGGCGCGCGGCUCAUCCCCGACUUCCCGGUGGCGCGGCCCGGCAGCCCCGGCGGGAAGGGCGCGGGGCAGCGGCCGGCGGCGGCGGCGGCGGGCAGCGCGUCCCCGCGGAGCUGGGACGAGGCGGAGGCGCCGGAGGAGGAGGAGGCGGCGGGCGACGCGGACGGCGAGGACGACGCGGGCCGCUGGGACGCGGACGCCGCCGCCGCCUUCGAGGCCCCGGGGGGCCGCCCGCACGCCCGGGCCCCCGCGGCCGAGGAGGUGCGGCAGCUGCUGGAGGGGAAGCCGCUGGCCGACACGAUGCGGCCCGACGCGCUGCAGGACUUCGUGGGGCAGGGCCGCGCCGUGGGGCCCGAGACGCUGCUGCGCUCGCUGCUCGAGGCCAACGAGGUGCCCUCGAUCAUCCUGUGGGGGCCGCCGGGCUGCGGCAAGACCACGCUGGCCCACAUCAUAGCUAACAACAGCAAGAAACACAGCGUGAGGUUCGUGACGUUGUCAGCCACCAGCGCCAAGACAAACGACGUGCGCGACGUCAUCAAACAAGCUCAGAACGAGAAGCGCUUUUUCAAGAGGAAAACCAUCCUUUUUAUUGACGAGAUUCAUCGGUUCAAUAAGUCCCAGCAGGACACGUUCCUUCCUCACGUGGAGUGUGGAACCAUCACGCUGAUUGGGGCGACCACGGAGAACCCCUCCUUCCAGGUCAACGCUGCUCUUCUGAGCCGCUGCCGGGUUAUCGUUCUCGAGAAGCUUCCAGUGGAGGCUGUGGUGACUGUCUUGAUGCGGGCGAUCAACUCCCUGGGGAUCCACGUCCUGGACUCCAGCCGCCCUGCCGACCCUCUGAGCCACGGCAGCAACAGCGGUUCUGAGCCCUCCGUGCUCAUAGAGGACAAGGCGGUGGACACGCUGGCCCGCCUGAGCGACGGGGACGCGCGGGCCGGACUGAACGGGCUGCAGCUGGCGGUGCUGGCCAGGCUGAGCACCAGGAAGGGAUUCGGGAAGAAGAGCGGGCAGAGCUACCCUCCCAGCCGCGUGCUGGUCACCGAGGGCGACGUGAAGGAAGGCCUCCAGCGCUCUCACAUCCUGUACGACCGAGCAGGAGAGGAGCAUUACAGCUGCGCCUCCGCGCUGCACAAGUCCAUGCGGGGCUCGGACCCGAGCGCCUCCCUCUACUGGCUGGGGCGCAUGCUGGAGGGGGGCGAGGACCCGCUGUACGUGGCCCGGCGGCUCGUGAGGUUUGCCAGCGAGGACGUGGGUCUGGCCGACCCGUCUGCAUUAACACAAGCAGUUGCUGCCUACCAAGGCUGUCACUUUAUAGGCAUGCCCGAGUGCGAGGUGCUCCUGGCCCAGUGCGUCGUCUACUUGGCCCGAGCCCCGAAGUCUGUCGAGGUGUACAGCGCCUACAGCAACGUCAAGGCCUGCCUGCGGAGCCACCAGGGGCCGCUGCCCCCCGUCCCGCUGCACCUGCGCAACGCGCCCACCAGGCUCAUGAAGGACCUAGGCUACGGCCAGGGCUACAAGUACAACCCCGCGCACAGCGAGCCCGUGGACCAGGACUACCUGCCCGAAGAACUGAGGGGCGUGGAUUUCUUUAAGCAGCGGCGGUGCUGACUCGGAGGCUGGGCCGGGCGGGGGAGGCCCCGGAUCGCCGGGUGGGCGGCCUGGCGGGAAUCACAGCAGGCCGACCUUUCGUGCCAGCGGCGUAAGCGUUCCUGCGGGGGGGGGCGCGGUUCCUUCAGCUGAACGUGUGGCGUCUAAAUUGUGUUCGUUUGCACUCUGUGCGACGUUAUGCUCAUGAAACGGUCUGGCAGCUUUGUGCAAUGAAUUAACGUUACGAGGGAUGACCUAUCUUGUCAUAGUAUUUAAGUCAUAAUGUCAUUUCAGAAUUCAGUUCUGUAGGGUUUUUUUCCUUUAAAAAAUGGAUAUUCUGGGUAGUUUCAGUUGGUAAAAAAAUGUAAUUGUGAUUUAAUACUGCAUAGUGUUUUGGGUAUUUUUUUUAUAUGCAAAGGUCUUAUAAGCCAAUAAAACUAUUUCAAAGUA